AUGUCGUCCAUUUCCGAGCCCCUGAACAACCGCAGCCCUCCCUUUCCUUUCAGGCCGCUGGAAGAUGCCAUUGAAGAUGAGGAAGAAGAGUGUCCAUCAGAGGAGGCAGGAGUCAUCACGAAAGACUUUCCGAUGGAGGAAAGCUUCCCCACAGAACUUGGUCCAGAAAAUCUGAGCUGUGAAGAAGCGGAGUUCUUUUGUAACAAAGGUGAUGGUGAAGGGAUCCAGGAGCUGGUAGAGUCAGAUGGGGACAGCCACUCGGACAAACCAGGGCAGCCUGGAGUAGAAACAGACGACUGGGAUGGACCAGGCGAACUGGAAGUGUUUCAGAGAGAUGGGGAAAGGAAGAUUCAGAGUCGGCAGCAGCUUCCGGUGGGAACGACCUGGGGCCCUUUCUCGGGGAGGAUGGACCUCAAUAAUAAUUCUCUGAAGACGAAGGCUCAGGUGCCCAUGGUGCUGACUGCUGGUCCCAAGUGGCUUCUGGAUGUGACUUGGCAAGGAGUGGAGGACAGCAAGAGCAACUGCAUUGUGUACAGCAAAGGGGGUCAGCUUUGGUGUACCACUACGAAGAUCAUCUCAGAGGGUGAAGAGCUAAUUGCCUUUGUGGUGGAUUUUGACUCAAGGCUACAAGCUGCCAGUCAGAUGACUCUCACAGAAGGGAUGUACCCAGCUCGCCUGCUGGACUCAAUUCAGCUGCUUCCUCAGCAAGCUGCCAUGGCUUCUAUUUUGCCUACAGCUAUUGUCAAUAAGGACAUAUUUCCUUGUAAGUCCUGCGGCAUCUGGUACCGGAGCGAGCGGAACCUGCAAGCCCAUUUGAUGUACUACUGUAGUGGGAGGCAAAGAGAAGCUGCUCCAGUGUCCGAAGAAAAUGAAGACAACACUCAUCAGAUUUCCAGUCUGUGCCCCUUCCCACAGUGCACCAAGAGCUUUUCCAAUGCUCGAGCUCUUGAAAUGCACCUGAACUCACACAGUGGAGUGAAAAUGGAGGAGUUCCUGCCCCCGGGGGCAAGUUUAAAGUGCACUGUGUGCAGCUACAGUGCUGACUCUGUGGUCGGCUUCCACCAGCACCUCUUCUCCCACCUCACUCAAGCUGCCUUCAGAUGCAACCACUGCCAUUUCGGCUUCCAGACCCAGCGGGAGUUACUGCAGCACCAGGACCUCCACGUGCCCGUGCCUGGCGGCAAGCUUCCCAGAGAAAGUGAGAUGGAGCACUCACCCAGUGGAACCGAAGACGGCUUACAGCCAGCCACGGACCUGUUGGCCCGAAGUGACCUCUCCCAGAGCCAAAAGGCCAUGCAGACGAAAGAUGCAAGCUCAGACACGGAACUGGACAAGUGUGAGAAAAAGACACAGCUCUUUCUCACAGGUCAGAGAGCGGAGAUUCAGCCUGCAGCAAACAAGCAAAGCUUCUCCUACACAAAAAUAAAGUCUGAGCCCUCCAGCCCAAGACUUGCCUCAUCGCCAGUACAACCCAACAUCGGGCCCUCUUUUCCUGUGGGACCUUUCCUCUCUCAGUUUGCCUUCCCGCAAGAUAUCACGAUGGUCCCCCAGGCUUCAGAGAUCUUAGCCAAGAUGUCGGAGCUGGUGCACCGCAGACUGAGGCACGGGAGCAGCAGUUACCCUCCCGUAAUUUACAGCCCUUUGAUGCCCAAAGGGGCGACGUGCUUCGAGUGUAACAUAACAUUCAAUAAUCUGGAUAACUAUCUCGUCCAUAAAAAGCACUACUGCAGCAGCCGAUGGCAGCAGAUGGCCAAAUCCCCUGAGUUCGCAAGUGUUUCCGAAAAGAUCCCUGAAGCUGUGAGUCCCAACACUGGCCAGACGUCCAUCAGCCUUCUCAACCCCGCCUCUCAUUCUUCAGACCCAGAGAACCCCCUUCUUCAAACACCCUGCAUCAACUCUUCCACUGUUUUAGAGUUGAUUGGGCCGAAUGGGAAAGGCCAGGAGAAGGACUUUUCCACUCAAGCCAAAAAGCUGUCCACCUCCAGCAGCAACGAUGACAAAAUGAACGGAAAGCCCGUGGAUGUGAAAACACCCAGCGGCCCCUUGGUGGAUGGCGAAAGUGACCCAAAUAAGACGACCUGCGAAGCAUGUAACAUCACCUUCAGCAGGCACGAAACGUACAUGGUCCACAAACAGUAUUACUGUGCAACGCGUCACGACCCUCCGCUGAAGAGGUCUGCUUCCAGCAAAGUGCCAGCCAUGCAGAGAACCAUGCGCACGCGCAAGCGGAGGAAGAUGUACGAGAUCCUGCCUGAGCAGGAUCAGAGGCCGCCCCUGGUCCCACAGAGGUUCCUUGAUGUCGCCCACCUCAGCAACCCAUGUAGCUCCGCUCAGGAGCCCGCUGAAGGGCCGGGAGAAUGCUACCACCCGAGAUGCGACAUCUUCCCGGGAAUCGUCUCAAAGCACUUGGAAACAUCGUUGGCCAUGAACAAAUGUGCGCCAGUCCCCAAAUGUGACACGACCCACCCCAGCGUUUCCUGCCUGGAGAUGGACGCUCCCAUCGAUCUCAGCAAAAAGUGUUUAUCGCAGUCUGAGCGGACCACAGCCUCUCCUAAAAGGCUGCUAGACUACCACGAGUGCACGGUGUGCAAGCUCAGCUUCAACAAGGUGGAGAACUACCUGGCCCACAAGCAGAAUUUCUGUCCUGUCACUGCACACCAGCGCAGUGAUCUCGGGCAGCUGGACGGCAAAGUCUUUCCCAAUCCAGAGAGCGAGCGGAGCAGCCCAGACGUCAGCUUUGAGAGGAACGUGGUCAAGUGUGAGAAGAACGGCCAUCCAAAGCAGCCCUCUCCCAACGGAAACGUGUUUUCAUCCCAUUUAGCAACUUUGCAAGGCCUGAAAGUCUUCAGCGAAGCCGCUCAGCUCAUUGCUACAAAAGAAGAAAACAAACAUUUGUUUCUCCCCCAAUGCCUUUACCCCGGAGCAAUAAAGAAGACGAAAGGAGCCGACCAACUCUCUCCAUACUACGGCAUAAAACCAAGCGAUUAUGUCUCUGGUUCCCUCGUCAUCCACAACACCGACGUCGAACAAAGCACAAAUGCAGAAAACGAAUCUCCUAAAGGCCAGGCCUCCUCAAACGGGUGUGCCGUGCCCAAGAAAGAUUCUCUGCCACUGUUGCCCAAAAACAGAGGCAUGGUCAUAGUGAAUGGUGGACUGAAGCAAGAUGAGAGACCUACAGCCAACCCACAGCAAGAGAACAUUUCCCAGAAUGCCCAACACGAAGAUGGCCACAAGUCGCCUUCGUGGAUCUCGGAGAACCCGUUAGCUGCAAAUGAGAAUGUCUCCCCGGGACCUCCCUCCGCGGAAGAACAGUUGUCUAGCAUAGCAAAAGGUGUGAACGGCUCCACCCAGGCCCCCAGCAGUGGGAAAUACUGCCGGCUAUGCGAUAUCCAGUUCAAUAACCUUUCAAACUUUAUAACUCACAAGAAGUUUUAUUGCUCAUCACACGCAGCAGAACAUGUCAAAUGAACUGAGUUAAAAAAAAAAAAAAGAAAGAAAGCAGUCACCUUUGGUACCAGUGUUUAGUAUGUUCUUCUAAACAGUCCAGAAAACAAAGAAGAAGCUGUUUGAAUUACAUCUGGCAAUCAGGAGAUAAUUCAUUAUGACUGAGUUGAAGACUUAAGAUGUAAUUUCAUUACAGACCAUUAGUAAAGUGUAUUAUUGGUGC